AUGAGGAAGGAAAAUGAAAGGUUGCAGUGGACGAACAUUUCAAUCGGUCGGAAGGCACAGGAGUCAUACAGGGAGAAAACUAGAGCUUGCCACUGGUUCGAAAGCGAGAAUGAUGAAUUGAAUAAAGAGAUAGUGACACUGAAAAUAAAAUUGGACAAGAUAAAGAGAAAGGCAACCGAGGCCCAGACCCCCGAGACAAAGGAGGACAUCCCACAGAAGAAGGAAGACGACAUCACGCCAACAGUGUUUCAGAGAGUUGGGCGGUCCCAGGGAAGACCCAGGACAUGCUGGAGGGACCAUGUCUCUCAGCUGGCCUGGGAACGACUUUGGGUUCCACCACAGGAGCUGCAAGAAGAGGCUGGGGACAGGAAAGACUGGGCCUCCUUUCUGAAGCUGCUUCCCCCGAGAUCCGACCCUGGAUUAGCAGCAGACAAUGGACGGAAGGACAGACGGGUGGAAGGAUGGACGGACAGACGGGUGGACGGGCGGAUGGACGGAUCUUUUUCACGUGGGUCUGGUCAUGCUCUGAGCUCGUGGUUGUCAGUCAUGGAGCUUGUGGAUAACGGGGGUCAAGCGCUGAUAGUCUGGUGUUCCCCGGACUCUAACUUCGACAUUCCUGUUUACUUGCAGAGGAAGUAAGAGGUCAAGAACAUCUGACCUGAAACCCUCUCCUCUUUAUUUAUCAGCUGUGUAACUUCCUUUUUUUCUCUCCAUCUAUGCACGCAAUUCGUGCAGCCGACUGUGUUCACAUUUUCUGUCUGUCAUGUUAUUUUUUCUUGUCUGUUACAGCGACUGUUGCUCAGGACUUGUGCAGACUUGCAGUACUUGGGGUCAGAAGAACAGGUUGCUCAGCACAAUUCAAGGAACUUCCUGGCCGAAAGAAAACCCCAAAGAAACAUCAGCUAUCAUGACUGAGGCUGCAGGUUCAGCAGGAUACUUGCUAAUGAGGAUUCAGUGACUUGCAAAAAAAAAAUCCCUAAAUGCAUAUCACUUUCACUACUGAGAGCGUCCACCUUUCCUUUAAUAACAA